CUCUCUCAUCUCGAGAUGAUCCAGUGAAGCGCGAGGCACGACCGCGAGAACAAUCACGCCGCUUCUAGUGCGCGCAUCGAAAUUAAACCUCUUCGGUUACCUAUACGGUACGCGCAGUAGUUUGCGGCUCGCUCCGCACACUUUGAUAUUUAAAUGUUUAAUCGGGCUCAACAAGCGCACUACCGGUCUCUCAACUAAACUAAUCAUCGUGUUGAAAUAUUAAUAAUAUUAUUAAUAUUAUUUUAAAAUAAUAUUAAAAAUAUAAAAACUGUUUAAUUAUUAAUUAUAAAUUUUAAUUUUAAUUGUGUGCAUGUGAAAAAUAGAAGAAUACAAACAAACAAAAACGAAAAAAACGCUGUGUGUGCACGCACUAUGUUGGAGUAGCAUCGGAAACUAAAUUAAUUAGUAGGAAAAUCUUCUGAUAAUUAGAAACCUUCGCCAUGGAACGCUAUCACAUAUAUAGAUUAGGAAUAGCCAUUCUUUUUUAUGCAAUCUUCUUCCGAAGACCAAUGCUCGUCAACUGCGCAGAUGUAGACGAUGCCAUUGGAAAUGUCAACGACACAUCACACAAAAUAUCAGCACGAGAAUACUUUGUUUAUUACCAAGGAGUACAAGGGAGACCAGGAAUAGAUUUUCCGGUAUUUUCACGAAUACCACGAACAAGCUUCAGCUGCAAAGAAGUCGAGAGUGGAUAUUACGCCGAUCUGGAAACGGAUUGUCAAGUUUUUCACAUUUGCAACGAAGGCACAAAAGUCUCAUUCCUCUGUCCAAACGGAACAAUUUUCCAACAAUCAGAUCUAAUCUGUGAUUGGUGGUUUAAAGUUAACUGCACUAAUUCACCGAAUUUAUACGAGGAAAGCGCUGAACAGUUACGAGAAUCGAUUAUUAGACGUAAAGCUUCGAGGAGAGUGUAUGGGAAUAGUUUUGAGAGUAAUGAAGCGACAUCUACCGCCAGAAUCAUCGAACGAAAGCAACAAAUCACUUUUAAUAACUUCAACGGCCAACAGAGGGCGAAUAAUUACAAUAACCUCAAUAAUUUCCAACUCCAAACUAAAAUAAACAUGACGCGUAAAAUUGACGUUGACAUUUCUGACAGCCGUCAAGGUCGUAACCGUCACGUGUUCGCCGUUGAAGAUUCAAGUAAAAGUGAAGAAGAAAUGCAAAUACCACAGGAAAGCGGGUCUUUUGUAAGGGAUUACAAUAAGCGGGUUACCAAAAACCCUUAUCCAAACCAUCGGGAGACCUAUAGUGACAUCCAAGACCCCAAAACUUAUUAUACCAAUAAACCAUCCAAUCAAAACACUUUAAACAAUGGUAGACCAUUUGUGGUAUCAACCCCGAAGGUUGGAACCUAUACAACUGAGAAAACCACGUUUAAAUAUUCUCCAACUGUUCCGAGUGUAAGAAAAAACAACUACAUCACUCCCCUGCCUAGUUCCACUACCACCAAGAAGUACAUGUCCACUUACGGGGAGAGAAUCCGAUUGGCUAAUCAAUUUUCAACUAAAGCUAACCCAGUUCCCAAGAGUUAUUCCAAUGUGGAGACGUUUACCAGUCCACCAAGUGUUGCAAAUGGGAAGUCUACAACACCAAGGAAACCCGUGGUUCCCAAGAGUAAAAGUUCUUUCACUAUAGGGUUGAAUAGUGCCCAAGGGUCUGUCUCUAUCAAGACCAGUAAUGUUAAACCUCCGUCUUUGACCCAAUCAGCUCCUUUGAAGGAUAGUAGACCAAAAAGUAAAGGGGUGAUUAAAUUAAACUUGUCUAGUGAUGGUCCUGCGAAGACGGUGAAUACCAAAGUGGAUAGGACACCUCCCAAGCCUAAAAUUAGGUUGGAUCUUGGUGAUUUGGAGGUUCCCAAGUUGAAAUUAUCCUUGGAUAAUAAUGAAAUCUCUUCUUCUACGAAUGCCAAUCGCCCAGGUGGUUUUUAUGUUACCAAAAGCACCUUCAGACCUGGGGAGUAUGCUACUUCAGACUUUAACGCGGGUUCUAUCACAGGGUCUAAGAAUACUUACAUACCUACUACAGGUAGACCUGGUACCACCACUUUUGGGUAUCCGCAGAGUGAAACCACUACUUUUAAUUAUGUCAGUAAUACUUUUGGGUUUGUUAAACCCACUGGGGUACCUAAACCUAAACCUUUUGAGUUACCAAGUAGUACCACUCCUAGAACCAGGACCACAACAGAAGGGUAUUAUGAUACAACCCUUCCGAAUUAUCAGAUAUCAUCAGCAAGUCCUUUUACUAAUAUCCCACCUACCUUACCUUCAAUUUACAAUGGAAAGGCCUAUGUGGGUAGUAGUCCCAAAAAGAUCCUACCUGAGAAUGUAGGGAAUAUGUUACAGACUCUCCAACAAAUCGCCAAUGUCAGAUUUGCUAAAAAUGAACAUUUUGAUAACAAAAACCAAGAGGGAUCUACUUUGGACAGUGAUAAACGUCCUGGGUUAGUGGUCCCACCAUCAGUAGGACCACAAACUUUACACACCUUAGCUGUUUACUUCGCCAAUGCUUUGGAUUCUUUGGUAGAGGAGUCAAACUCCACUGUGGAGAGUCAAACCAAUCAACCCAAUCAACCAGAAUCCACAACCUCUCAAGACAACCCCAAUACCCUGGUCAACUCCCUCCUAAGUCAGGACACAGUGAAUAAAUACAAAGAACUCUUCAUGAUCAUGGCCCAGAAGGAAAUGGAGAAAGAAUUGAAAGAUGAAGAAGAUGAUGAUCAAGAAGACCUUCAAAGGGAACACUCCAACAACGCAGUUCAAAGUCCCCGGGUACGUCAAUUAGCAAAGGUCUUCACCCAGGCUCUAUCCUCCUAUCUAGAUGACCCAGAAAAUUUCAAAAAGGUCCUACAUCAGGUCAGACCCACGGAACCACCUCCAAUCAACACCCUCAACACAGAAACCCUGAAUAAUGAAGAAGAUGAACUCCUGAACUUCUCCGAUGCGGAUAUUAAACCUGAAAACCCAAGAUUACCCACUCUGGCACCUCCUAACCCCACUUGGGGGUAUAUCCUUGCUUAUAACACAAGUGAUUAUAAAUCAAACCACAUUGAUCAAAAUGAUGAGAACCUUCAAAGUGCGGAUAGUCAAAGUUUCAUCCCAGGGUUCAAUGAAAUCAACUCCAACAGGGUUGACAAGUCUCUCAAAGCAGGUUUGCCUAAUAAUCAUUGGACAUCAAGCCCAGAUGUUACUAAACUAUGGCAGAGCACCCUAUAUGUCAACCCAUUCCAGAUAAAUCAAAACUUUGACGCUACCGAAGCCUUGGUUGCCACCUCAACUGAAGAAAAUGAAGAAUUCGAUGAUGAUUCAACACAGGGAAGUGUAGUUACCCAGGAUGAUUCAAUAAACCAACCGGUAGAUGUCACCGAAUACAACACGGAAAGAUAUAUUGAUUAUGAGUUGAGAUCUUUACCAAAAUUUAACCUCAAUUCAACAUCUGUGCAUGGAUUACUCAUAGAUUUCAUGAAUUCAUCGAAGUAUGAUGAGAAUGGAAGAUUACAGAGAAUUUUACGCAAGUUAAACACAACAGAAGAUGAGUUUUUAACAAAAAUGAAAGAAAUUGAGAAGAAUCCUUUGACUAAACGCUUGAUUCUUUUACUUGUGAGUGAAUGUGGCAAUUCUACUGAUGCGAGAACACACGCUGUGAGAGAUAUUAUUAACCUAGCCAAUCAGAAUCAGAGUGAGCAGAGUCAGCGCCACCAACGUCAACAGAACGAAGCUCCUGUGAGUAACUUGCAGGAACAAAACGAGCAGAGUGUAAGAACACGUGCUGGUAGUCGGUUUCAACAGAAUUCCUCACUGAAUAAAUUGAUUGAUCCAUCGCUUAAAGAUGAUGAUCAGGAUAGCAGAGCCAUUCAAUUGUUGAAUUCUUUAUAUAGCAUCGCGUCAAAAUACGGAAAAUAAUUUUCUAUGUUUAUUUACAUUUUCCGCAAAGUUUAACUUUUAAAAUAUAAAAUUAAACUCUUUUCCUUUAUAUUUGGCCAGAAUUAGACUAUACACAUAUUUAUUUUGUAACGAAUCAACGCGAUUAGUUGUAGAUCACUUUUUAUUCUUUUAUUUUCUAUUUUCUAUCUAAGCCAUUGUUUUAAGCGUAAUAAGUAUUAUACCUAUUAGUGAUUAGUGACUUUAUGCUUACCAGAAUUAGUGUAUUAAGUGGAAUUGUACAGUAACACAAAAGUUUCGAGUUCCGAUGCGGGUUAAACACAAAAAUCAAAAUUAUCAACAGACAGAAGCGUGUUUUUCAUAGUUUAUUUGAGAAUUCAGAUGGAUAUAUACAUAAUCAAUUGUGUAAUUUAUAUUUUUGGUAAUUAUUCUUUUAUUAAGUGGUAGAAAUCUUGUUUCUUUCGACAGUAUGCAUGUAAAUAUUUGUUUUCGUGAAUUUUGUAUGUAUCUUAUGCUUUUUUAGGUAAAUACUUGUAAGAAACUGUAAUAUUGUAUAAUUAACAAUGUAUUAUGAGUUAUUUUAUGUGUAAAUAUAAUAAAUUUUAUAAUUUUGUA